AUGCUCAUGAACCUCAUUCUAAUCAUCCUGGUGAUCCACCAAUCACCCAAGAAAAUCGGAAAUUACAAGUAUCUCAUGUGCUAUUUCUGUGUGAUGUCGAUGAUCUACGCUGGUAUUGAUUACAUUGUUCAACCGUAUAUUCACAGUUAUGGAUCCAGUUUCUCCAUGAUCAUGGAUCUUAGAGACAGUAUUUUCAGCAAGUUCCGACAGGUUGCAUCUGUAUUGACAGCCUCUCUAGCUGCAUGUUUUGGAGUUAGUAUUUAUGCGAUUGCGAUCAAUUUUAUUUAUCGAUACUUGGCGAUUCAGAGAGAAGGACGCACCCGAUAUUUCCAUGGUUUUCGUCUAUAUAUCUGGCUUACAAUUCCAAUAUUGACGGGCAUCCUUUGGCUCAGUGUUGCAUGGUUCUUGUUGGAUUAUGAUGAGGAAUUAGCUGAGUAUUUGAGAGACAGCAUCAACAACAGCUAUGGCCUCGAUGCAAGUGAGAUAACACUAACUGGGUGUAUGUACUUUAGACCAGAUGAGAAGGGAAACUUACGUUGGUGUAUUGAGGAUACAGUCGGUGCAGGGAUAUUGUGUAAUGUUAUGGCAAUUCCAUUCUGUGUCAUCUGCUAUUUUGGCUACAAAAGUCACAAGAAGAUCAGCAAAAUCACUGCGAAUGGAGAGAGUGAUUAUUCGAAGAGACUUCAGACACAGUUGUAUAACGCACUUGUGGUUCAGACAGCCAUCCCGGUGAUCUUUCUGUUCUUCCCAAUUGGUGCCCUUUUCACUGCUCCACUCCUUGGAAUCAAUCUGGAAAAAGGAAGUUUCCUGGUCACAUUCUUCUAUUCAUUCUACCCAGUUGUUGACCCGAUUCCCACUCUUUAUUAUGUGGAUGAGUAUAGAGACGCGUUUAUGAAUUUUUGGAGAAGAAAAUUGUCAAAAACUCAGAUAGCCUCGGUGGUCACAUUCGACGCUCACGUGGAUCUUCCCUAG